UUUGGUACUGCAUUACGUAUUCGCAUACCAUUACAUCCUCAUUUGAGGCUUGAUGUCUCGAUUCCGAACUCUACCCAACAUAUUGCACCAAAAGCAGUAACCAAGCACAUGCAAGUUCCCCCUUGCAUAUACAUAUGUAGUACAUCUUCCACAACCCAUGUGACCAUCCUCCAGCACACACACAUAACCGCAAUCCUCCAAUACCAACGCCACUUAAUCCAAGGAUACCCACAUCCACACCCACACCCACCCACAUGCAUGCAUGCACGCUCCCUCAAAAACAAGCAUUAA